AUGCUUGUCACCGCCGCCAACGCCACGCCAUCACCGUCACCCAUAGCCACCACCGCCAAUGUCGCUCCUCGAUCACUCAUGGCCACCACGACCACCAACAUGGACCACGACACCCUUCAACAACAACGCAGCGACGCCACGUCACGAAACAACGAGCGCCGUAACCCACGAAAACACCCAACGCCCACGAAAACAACGCCCCUGGACACAAAACAACACCCGACGGGCACAAAACGACGCCCACCGCCCAUGUACACCGCCAGCGCACACGAAAACCAUACCCCGCCCACGAAAACAUCCCACCACCCACCGAAAAACACGAGCGCCCACCGAAAAACACGAGCGCCCACCGAAAAACACGCGCCGCCCACCGAAAAACACGCACCGCCCACACGACACACGACGGCACCACGCCGCCUACCAAAACCACCACGUCCACACCAACGCCACCCACGACGACGCCCCCAACGGCAACCAGCUCCCACGACGACGGCGUCGACAACGCCCACGAAUAACGCAAAAACACGGACACACGACGAAAACGCGAACACGCGACGAGGAGGCGACAACAAAAUGCGACACAACGAUGGGACGCCAACGCGGGACGACGAUGGCCGAGGUCCCAGCCACACUCUCCCCUCCACCAUUCCCUCCCUCCCUUCCUCCUUCCCCCUUUCCUUGUCCCUCCCCCUUGCUCCCUUCCCCCUUGCUCCACCAUUCCCUCCCCCCUUUCCUCCUUCCCCCCUUUCCUCCCUCCCCCUUCCUUGUCCCUCCCCCUUCCUUCCUUCCCUCUUUCUUGUCCUUCCCCCUUCCUCCCUCCCCUCCCUUGUUCUUCCCCCUUCCUUGUCCCUCCCAAAAAUAUAA